AAAUAUAUAUAUUACAAAUUACAAUUUAAGAUAAUAUUAAUUUGUAAAAUAUCUAAUACCUAUAUAAGAGUAAUAGGGUAUGGGGUAUUGGGGAAACAGAUUAACAAAACGCGCUCUGGUGGAAAUAAUUUGUACCUUCCGAUUCGGGAUAGAUUUUACUAGAAUCACAGAACCUAUAGUAAAAGUAUACUACUGUUUUAUUUUGUUUAAUUCGUUUAAAGUCGACAUACUUCUUCUUACUUGACGUACUUAAUCGUUAGGUGUUCCAUGUUAUACAUUUUUAUUUUCUAAAUAGAAUUAUGGAGUUAAACGUGCAUGAAAUGGAAAAUCAAGAGAAUAAGAAAAAUAAAAAUAAAAAUAAAAAGAAAAGCAAUAACUAUUGCAGUGUUUAUGGAUGUAAUAGUUUUUAUUUAACUAAUGAGUGUAUAAGUUUCCACCGAUUGCCAGAUUUAAACGAACCAAAAAUAUCAUGGAAAAAUAGUUUUGGGAUUGAAGAAUUGGUAAAUCGUCGCAGAAUUUGGGCUGUCAAGUUAAAGCUAUCUGAAGAAGCAUUAACAAAAAAGCAAUUACAGGUGUGUUCAAAACACUUUACUCCAAAUGAUUACUUGCCAGGAUUCAAUAGAAUACGUCAACGUCUUAGGCCUUUUGCAGUUCCUUCUGUAAAUUUACCAAAAUCCUCAGUUAUACUGCCUUCGCCCAAAAAGAGAUCAUCUCCAAAAAAAAGAGUAUAUCAAGACCAAAUUGAGGAUGAAUGUCAUGAUGAGAAUUUGAACAUUAGCUCUUCAACAUCAAUUCAAGUGGACGAUGAUAGUUUGACAUCCAACCAAACCAACGAUAUAACAGUUGCCAAUAAUAUUAUUAAUCAACUUAAAACCACACAAGACAACGGAACACAAGUGUCAAGUGGUGACCUUGUAACUCCAUUGAUUUCUUUAAUAGAUCACAAAAAAAAAUUAAUUACCAUGACCGGAAUUUGUUCUUUUAAUGCUUUAAAUGAAAUAAUUAAUUUGCACAAACAAUAUUUUCCUGAUAAGAGAACACACAGACUUAAUUUAAAAGAGCGUAUUAUAAUGGUAUUUUUAAAAUUAAAACAAGGUCUAUCAUUUGCUAUUUUAAGUAUUUUAUUUAAUGAUUUAACUUCUGAAACUUGUCGUUCGACCUAUAUUUUAAUGAUCCCCCAACUUGCCCAAAUAAUGCAGUCUUUGGUUUAUUGGCUUUCUAAGCAAGAAAUUUUAUCAAAUCUUCCAUUUUGCUUUGACAAUUUUAACAAUGUAAGGGUGGUACUUGAUUGUACAGAAAUUUCUGUGCAAAGGCCUAAAUGUUUAACAUGUCGUAUUAAAUGUUAUAGUAAUUACAAAUCUACCUUCACCUUAAAGUUUUUAGUAGGGAUUACUCCAGGCGGCUUAAUAAGUUUUAUAAGUAAACCUUAUGGUGGCAGAUCAUCAGACAAAGCUAUUUUCGAACAAAGCAAUAUAAUUGAAAAUAUGCAACCACCAGAUGCCAUCAUGGUUGAUAAAGGGUUUCUUAUUGAUGAUAUUUGUAAAAAAAAAAACAUUUCUAUAAUAAGACCACCUUUUUUAAAAAAUCAAACACAAUUUAAUAAGGAUGAUGCUCUAUUAUCUAAAAAUAUUGCCAAAGCCAGAGUUCAUAUUGAACGAAUAAACCAAAGAUUGAAAAGCUUUAAAAUUUUUCAACAGACAUUUCCCUGGGCACAUGUUCAUCUAGCUUCUGAUAUAAUGGCAAUAGUUGGAGGAUUAUGUAAUAUUAGUCCACCAAUUUUUUCUCUGGAUAAAUUUAAUAGUUAAUACCUUUUUUAUAUUUUCACUCAACACUAAGUAAUAAUGUACAUUUUAAUUUCUCAUUUCAUAAGUUUUGUA